AAGAGAGACGCCUGCGCGCAAACAGGCGGAAAACAUGGCGGCGGCGCUGCAGCAGGUCUUAGAGCGGGGCGAGCUCUCCAAACUCCCCAAGGCGCUGCAGGGGAAGCUGGAGAAAUACCUGGCGGAGCAGCAGAGUGAGACUGAUUACUUUAAAGCGCAGUAUGAGCAGCUUCGAGCGGACAGCGAGCAACAGUAUUCUGACCUGGAGAAGCGACACAUGGAGAGCCAGGAUCAGUGUCUGUCUGUAACAAAAGAGCAUCAGAAACUCCAGGAAGAGUUCACAUCACUUGAUGAAGAGCUAAAAUCUCUCCGAGAGAAAACGAAGGAACAGGAAUCCUCAUAUGCAAAGCUGGAGUCAGAGCAGAAGGAGCUCUCCAAGUUAAAGGAUGAGCUGGAGGCUGAGAAGCGAGACCUGGUGCGCACGCUGGAAAGGACGUCGCAGGAGGUCGAGGGCCAGAGUGAGGAUUUGAAACGACUCAGUGACAGGCUGGUGGAAGUCAACGCUACAAAUAUGCAGCUGCAGCUGAAGCUAGAUAAGCUGGAGGCUUUGGAAGUCUCAAUCAAGUACAAAGAGAAACGGCUGGAGCAGGAGAAGGAUCUGCUCCAGGGGCAGGUGACCUGGCUGAGCGAGGAACUGAAGACUAAAAGUGAGGAGCUUCUCUCUCUGUCACGGGAGAAAGGCAGCGAGAUCCUAGAGCUCAAGUGCAGCCUGAACAACAAAGAAGAUGAGUGUGCCAGAGUACAGGACCAGCUGGCCAGUCUGAAAUCCUCCAAUGAGAACCUUCAGAAGCAAACCGAGGACCUGAUCAGCAAACUGAAAGAGGCCAAAGAACAGCAAGCCAGCUCAGAAGAGAAGUUCCGCAAUGAGCUUAAUGCCAACAUCAAGCUGUCGAACUUGUACAAGGGAGCGGCAGCAGAUGCGGAGGCAAAGGGUGAAGAGCUGAGCCGGGCCGUAGAAGAGCUGCAUAAGCUGCUGAAGGACGCGGGAGAGGCUCACAAAGCUAUGGAGAUGAAGCUGGCUGAGGCGGAGAGCUGCAAACAGAAGGAAGUGGCUGAACUGAAGGAGCGUAUUGGCAUCCUGGAGAAAGAACUGGACAACGCCAAUGAUCUUCUGUCAGACACGACACGCAGAGUUGGCACCACAUCUGCAGCAGUUCUCCCAGAUGAGCAGCUUAGCACAAUGUCUCCCACUGCAGCAGCCGUUACCAAGAUCAAGCCAGGCAUGAAGCUCACGGAGAUCUACACAGCAUAUGUAGAGUCCCAGGAGCAGCUGCAACUGGAGAAACUGGAGAACAAACGUGUGAACAAGUACCUGGAUGACAUUGUGCAGGAGGUCGAGGCUAAAGCACCCAUACUGAAGAGGCAGAGGGAGGAGCUGGAGCGUGCACAGAAAUCUGUGGCCAGUCUGUCUGCCAAGCUGGAGCAUGCUGUGCAGGAGGUGCAGCGCUUUCAGAAGGAGGCAGACGAAGCCAACAAGCACUCAUCCCUGCUGGAGAGAGACAAUCAGAGGUUUGAGGUGCAGCUGAGUGACAUGGCUCACCAGGUUCGGGUGUUGCUGAUCGAGCUGGAGGAGGCACGUGGGAAUCACGUGGUCCGUGAUGAGGAUGAUGUGUGCUCAGCGGACGUGAGCAGUACGUCUGAGGUAAUUUCACAGCACCUGGUGACGUUCCGCAGCGUGGAGGAACUGCAGCAGCAGAACCAGCGCCUUCUGGUGGCCCUGCGUGAGCUCGGAGAAGCACAGGAGAGAGGAGAGAUGGAGGCUGAGAGCACCAAACAGACAGAACUACAGAAUAGUUUGGAGAAGGCCCAGGUUGAGCUGGAGCAGCUUCGAGAGCAACGCGCACACCAGAUGCAGCUGGUUGAAUCCAUUGUGCGCCAGCGAGACAUGUACCGUGUCCUGCUCGCCCAGGCUACAGGGGUCAGCUUCCCUCAGCAAGGUGCUUCUUCAGAGGAGUUCUCCCUCACCUCCACCCCCCGUCGUUCCCCUGCAGCCACACCCACUGCAGCCACACCCACUGGCCUCGUCGCCACAGCAAUCGAGUCCACGGAGACAGUGGAGGCCAGGGCUGCACUGAAACAGCUCCAAGAGGUGUUUGGGGCCUAUAAGAAAGAGAAGGCUGAAAGUGAGAAGGCUCUGACGGAGCAGUGUGAGAAGCUGCAAGAGCAGGUGUCAGAACUGAGAUCCCAGAACGCCAAGGUUUCCACUCAGCUGGAGUUUGCCUCUAAAAGAUAUGAGAUGCUGCAGGAUAAUGUGGAAGGUUACCGUAAGGAGAUUGCCUCUCUAAGGGAGAAAAGUCAGAAGCAGGCUGCUGCUGGGCAGAAGAGCGAGCAGACUGUCCACACACUCACGCAAGACUUGCGUGCAGCUAAUGAGAAACUGUCCAUGGUUGAAUCGCAAGCGGAGAGCCUGCGCAAGGAGAGAGACAUGCUGAAGAUGGUGGAGUCUAGUCUGAGCCAGGAGAAAGAGUCGAUCCUCGCUCAGCAGAGGAGCCAGAACCUCCUGCUCACCAAUCUUAAAUCCAUCCAGGCCACAUUAGAGCGCUCGGAGACAGAGACUCGGCAGCGGCUCACAGCGCAGGUGGAGAAGCAGGAGCGAGAGAUUUCCCAGCUGCAGAAGAAACUGGAGCAUGAGGUGGAGCAGAGACACGCGCUAGGGCGCAAUCAUGAUAAGCAGCUUUUGGAUGCUAAGAAGCAGCUGGAGGUGCAGUGCGCGUUGCACCAAAGGACCAGAGAGCAGCUGAACGCCGCCCAGCAGGAGCUCAACAGUCUCCAGCAGCAGCUGAACACCAGAGAGGGAAAGGUUUCCUCACCCAGCUCCCACACAGGCCUCACAGGGCUCCAGGGUGGUGAUGAGGACGUAGAGGAACUGCGUAAACGUCUGAAUGAGGCUAAGAGCAGAACCGAGGAUCUGGCUGAGAGACUGGAAAGCACCACUGCUUCUCUGGAACAGUACAGAGCCAUGUGCCUCAGCCUAGAGGAGGCCCUGGAGAAAGAGAAACAGGUAACCGAACAAGUGAAGACUUCAGUUGAAAGCCAGGUUUUGGAGGCUCAUGAGCAGCUGCAGCAACUGGAAAAGAAGCUUCUAGAAGCUGAGAAGGAGAAAAAUGAAAUACAGGAAGAGAAACAGAAAGCCGCGGCAGCCAUUGAGCAGCAGGUGAGCGAACUGCAGCGGAACCUGAGCUGUCUGCAGGCCGAGCAUCAGGAAGCGUUGCAGAAGGCAGCUAUGGCGGCCGCUCAAGAGCAGCAGGCCGUGCAGGAUAGCCAAGAGCAGGCACGUCUCGCCACCGAGGCCCAGGACAAGUACGAGCAGGAGAUGCUGUUACACGCAGCCGAUGUGGAGGCCCUGCAGGCAGCCAAAGCCCAGGCGCAACACGCCUCCCAGCUCCGCCAGCACCUUGAAGAGAAGCUCCAGUCGGUCAGCGCGCAGCUCUUCGAGGCCCGAAUAUCCUGGGAGGAGCAGGACAAGAUCCUAAAAGAGGAGCAGACUAAGAUAGAGUCACGCUGUCAAGACUUGCAGAAGCAGAACGAGCUCCUACAUGAGCAGAUUCAGGCCAUGAGUGGAAAGAUGGCAACCCAGCUGCUGCAGACAGCCGGCGAUAGCUCACUGAACGUUUCUCUCACUGAGGAGGGGAAGUCUCAGGAGCAGCUCCUUGAGAUCCUCAGGUUUGUUCGUCGGGAGAAAGAGAUAGCAGAGUCGCGUUUCGAGGUGGCUCAGGGAGAGAGUCUGAGGCACAGGCUGCGAGUGGAGCACCUGGAGCGGGAGCUGAAGGAGGUCCAGGACUCUCUCAGUGCUGAGAGAGAGAGGAUGCAGGUGACUGCAAAGACCUUGUCCCAACAUGAUGAGCUGAUGAAGAAGACUGAGACCAUGAAUGUGCUGGUGGAGACUAAUAAGAUGCUACGAGAUGAGAAGGAAAGACUGGAGCAGGAGCUGCAGCAAACUCAAGCCAAGGUGAGCAAGCUGCAGUCAGACAUCUUACCCAUGCAGGAGUCCAAUGCCGAACUGAGUGAGAAGAGCGGCAUGCUACAGGCUGAGAAAAAACUUCUAGAAGAAGAAAUCAAGCGCUGGAAGGCACGCACUCAGUUCCUGGUGAGCCAGCAGAAGGACACAGACCCAGAAGAGUAUAAGCGGCUGCACUCGGAGAAGGAAGCCCAUCUUAAACGCAUCCAGCAACUCACUGAAGAAACCAGUCGGCUUAAGGCUGAGGCAACCAGGAGUAGCGCUUCAGUCACCACGCUGCAGUCUCAGGUGCAAAACCUGCGGGAGAAUCUUGGCAAAGUGACAGUGGAAAGGGAUGCUCUGAAGAAAGAGCUAGAGGCCAAGACUAUGGACAUCCAUGAGAAGCUUAAGACCAUCACACAGGUCAAGAAGCUUGGGCGUCGCUAUAAAACCCAAUAUGAGGAGCUUAAAGUUGAACAUGACAAGAUGGUGGCAGCUGCUGCUUCUGCUCCAGUCCAAGACCAGGAGGCUCAGCAGGCUUCUGCUCAGGAGCUACAGAGCCUCCGAGAUUCCCUCAGCCAAUCAGAGACCAAGGCUCGGGACCUGGAGAGCCAACUAGAAACCUUAAACAAGACAAUAGGGGAGCGUGAAACAGAAACACGCACUGCACAGGACCAGGCGUCCCAUCUGCAGGGCGAGCUAACGCGCAUGCGCCAAGAGCUGGUGGAAAAGUCAGCCCAGGAAGACAGGCUCCGGCAGCAGCUGGCCGAGAAGGAGGAUCGAACCAGAAAGGCAAUUGUAGGGGCAAAGCAGAAAAUCAAUCACCUUGUGGAUGUAAAGGGUCAGUUGGUGAAGGAGAACGAGGAGCUGAAGCAGCAGCGUGAGGAGCUGGAGGUGCGCAUAAAUGCUCUGCGCUCACAGUAUGAGGGCCGCCUGAGCCGGCAGGAGAAGGAGCUGCGGGAGCUGCGGGACCUGCGCGAGCAGCAGGAGAGACAUGUAGAGCAGAGAGAUGAGCCAGUGGAGCAAGGCCCCAGCAAAACUCAGGAGCAGCAGAGGACUACAGAACAGAGGCAGAUUUCUCUGAAAUCCACACCAGUGGCUGAAAGGGGCAGUGCAAGCACCUCCGAGCCUCCCACAGCUAAUAUAAAACCCACGCCCCUGGUGGCGACCCCCAGCAAGCCCCCAGCCAUUCCAGGGAACAAGCCCACACCGAGGGCCAGUAUAAAACCAAUGAUCACCCCUGCCGCAGUGCCCACACCCACUCCUACUGCAACAGUGAUGCCCACCACCCAGCAGGAAAGCCAGGAAGCACUCUCAUCAGAGGCUCCUCUGGAGCACGUGCCCGUGUUUGGGAGCACCACUGGCUCUGUGCGCUCCACCAGCCCCAACAUUCAGACCACUCUGGCUCAGCCCAUGCUAAGUGUCCAGCAGAGCCAGACCACUGCAUUCGUCCAGCCCACACAGCAGCAGAGCUUACCCCCCACCGAGCCUGCGAGUCAGGAGCCCGCCUCUGCCACCAUGAUGAUGGAGGCUACACCCAGCACUUCCCAGAUGGAGAGACCGUCCACAUCCACGGCUGUGUUUGGAACAGUUUCAGCGACACCUGGCAGCACCUUAACUAAGCGGCCUCGAGAGGAGGAGUUGGAUAACAUUACUAUGGAGCUAGAGCCUCAGGAGGAGCCCAGUGAGCCUCCCAACUCCAAGAAGUUCCGCGUGCAGAGAGUGGAGCUGGAGAUGGAGAUGCUCGCUGAGGACAGCACUGAAGCUGAGAGUGUUGUACCAGGAGGGAGCCAGGAAGCAGCUGAUGCUGUUGAGGAGCUGGAAAACUAUCCCAACCUGGAAGAGGUAGAUGAGGAGUCUGGGGCAUCUCAGUCUGUACCUGUGGAAUUUCUCCUCUCCCAAGUGUCUGAUUCACACAGUCAGGAAGAGCCAGAUGAACCAGUCAUCGUCAUUGUCAGCGACUCAGAAAGUGAGGAAGAGCAGGAGGAGGAGACGGACGAAGAGGAGCAGGAUUAUGAGGAAGAGGAGGAUGAGGAUGAGGAUGAUGAUGAUGACGAGGGAGGAAUCGAGGUGGAAGGAGAGGACAGCAAUGAGGGGAGUGGCAAUGGAGAUCCCAGUGAGGCCUAUGAGGGUGACAAUGCAGAGGGUCCUGAUGCCACAGACCCAGGUACUGAAACAGAGGAAAGUCUCGGUGCGACAGACUCCACCCAGUGCAUGUCUGUUCCUCCCCCAUUAUCCAACUCGUCAGUGGCGUUCUCCUCUGAACCAAUCACCAGCUCCGCACCCCGUCCUCCACCGUCCCCACGGAGACAACAGCAAUCGCUGCCUCGACUCAGUAUUCUGGCUCCACCUAUACAGGAGCUAGCUGCACCCUCUCAAGUCCAGCGCAUCCCUGCACGACGGCAGCCAGUCGGAAGAGGACUUCAGCUGACUUCGGGGGUGUCCGGUAGUACACAGCCACAGCAGCACUUCUAUGAGGAGGAUGACCGCAUGGUUCCCAGCACCCCCACCCUGGCUGUGUCCCAUCGCACAGACUGCUUCAGUGAAGCUCUCCAUUCUCCCCAGGUAUCAGGCGUGCUGCGUUUCGGCUUCGGCCUCUCGGAUGACGUCCCACAGACCAGCUCUUCCAGCACAGAUCUGGACCAGCUGGCUUCGCAAGGAGGGCUUGGCAUAUAUGAUAGUCCCCUGUUCCUGCCCACUCAUGAGGACUCGCCAGGUGGACGUAGCGUUCCCACCACUCCUCUCCAGGUGACUGCUCCGGUGACGGCGUUCUCGGAGACACACCCCUCAGAGGUGACGGAACACGCGUCCCAGUCUGUGCCAACAGUAAGCACGUCCACACCGAGCGUGUGUGUUGUGUCUGGGCCCAGCACAGCUGAAGAGCAAGAUAUCCUGCUCGAGGCAGGGGAAGAUGGAAGCAGUACAGAGGUAGUGCUGGAGUCGUCUUCUCAGCUUGAGACUGAAGAGCCAGCUCAGCCUUCAGAUGAGGCCAGUCUCCCCUCUACCAGCCAGGAGCCCUCAUCCAGCUCCGCAGACACGAGCAGCACUCAGCCACCCAAACUCAGGACAGGAUCGGGCAGGCAGUGGACACGAGGACGGCCCACCAGAGGUUUUGUUAAGAGAGGUACAUUUAAUUAUAUAUCAUGAUGUGUGUACACACACAGACAUCCAUAAUCAUAAGAAUAGGCCAAGAUAAACAAUUUUAUUAGAAAUGAUUGACAAAACAAUUAUUAAACAGCAUCUAGUACACGUCAUGUAAACAGCAUGCCUGGAAGAUGGUCACAGUGCUUCAUCCUGUUUCUUACUGCAGAUGGAUCAGGAGUUAUGGGAGUGCGAAGGCGCUUUGCCAGAUGAAUAACGUGCCAGAGAUGUUUCAGUCGUUCUCCUUGGUACUACAACACUUCGACAAGCUGUUUCACUAGAGUUUUGAUCAUUCUCAAGUUCAAAUUCUUUCAGCCAUUUGAGGUCCAUUUAAGCAUUUAUGUUGAACCUACAGCAUUGCUUUAUUUUAUGUGGAUACAAUAAAGAAUUUUUUGGUAUAAAAUGA